AUGGCGCACGACACUCCACCAGUUUACAUGUCCAAUACUCGGCAAUUGCAAGGUUUUCUAAGCCUGAAGAAAAUCGAAAGACUACGUCUCUGUGUGGAGAUUACGGAGAACAAAGCAAGCGAGAAGAGUAAAACAUUGUUGAGCUUUGGCUCAGAAGUAGAAGCAGAAGCUUCAGUAGUUGAGUCCAGAGACGAAAAUUACAGUGGGAGUUACGAUGGUUGCAGUCUGGAGAAGGAACAAGAGGAUAAUGAGAAUGACUGCUCUAGUAAUGUCGAAGGAGAAAAACAUGACGUAGUCGGAGAAGAUGAAAUAGAUGACGAAGAUUCACCAACGCUACCUCCCAAGAAGAGAUAUCAGAACCUCUCGAUGAGCAGAUCUAAAGGGAAUCUGGAGGUUCUUAGUUUGGAGAUGUCGUCGAUAGACAUUGCGAUGGAUUAUUGGAAAUCACACCGGACGUUGAAAUUUGCAAGGGAAAUCGAUGAGGGAACACCUGAGUGUGGGUUUGAAAGCUUGCCUUCUUACUUAUACAUGAUAAGAAGGGCAAAUCGGUGUACAGUUACGCGUCUUCAAAUCGAUGAGCUUGGAAGAUUCAUGUAUGUGUUUCUUGUCUUUGGUGCGAGCGUUAGUGGGUUUCCUUUCAUGCGCAAAGUUGUUGUAGUCGACGGUACGUUUCUCAAUGGUAAAUACAAAGGGAGGCUACUCACAGCACUAGCUCAGGACGAUGAUUCGUGGCAUUGGUUUUUUACGCAACUAAAACUUCUGAUUCCUGACGACGAGGGUCUUGCGAUAAUCUCGGACAGGCAUAACUCGAUAGGAAAAGCAAUUAGAAAUGUGUAUCCGUUGGCUGCUCGGGGAAUAUGCACCUACCAUUUAUAUAAGAACAUAUUGGGACGGUACAAAGGAAAAGAAGCAUUCCGUCUGGUGAAGAAAGCGGCAAGAUGUUUUAGGAUGUCUCACUUUACACCGAUUUUCGAGGAGAUUGAAGCGAUUCAUCCUGCACUCCACGGCUACCUCCAAAGAGCUGAUGUCCGCCUGUGGACGCGUGUUCAUUUGCCGGGCGAGAGAUGGUUUGCUGAACGGAGAGAGGAUGCCAGAUCGCAGCCAACGACGCUUACAUGUGGCGUCGAGAAACUACUACAUGGUCGUGUAACUGCCGCCAGAGAAUUGACGGUCCAAAGGAUUGAUGAUCAUCACACUGAAGUUAAAUAUGGAUCUUCUAGCGAGUCUUUGAAUGUUGUUAAUUUGGUAGAGCGAAAGUGCACAUGUCGGCGUUUCGAACGCGAGAAAUUACCAUGUGUACACGUAAUCGCAGCUGCGGAGUACAACAAUGUUUGUCGUAUAUCCCUGUGCAGUCCGUACUAUAACAGUGAAUAUUUGGUGAGCGCAUACGCUGAAUCUAUCAUGCCGGCUGACGAAGCAGAAAUCGUGGCAGACCAACCGUGCUUGCCCCCGUAUAUUCGUCAACAACCAGGAAGACCUAAGAAAAAUAGGAUGAAAUAUGCUUUAGAAGUUGCACUUCAAAACAAACGUCCUAGGAAAGAACACACAUGUUCUCGAUGUAGACAUAGUGGCCAUAAUGCGAAAACUUGUCAGAUUUAA